CAAGUUUAUUUAUGAUGAUUACACUCACACUCACUCACAUUAUUCAGUCUAUAUAUACCUAUAGUUUGGUUUAAUAUAUAUAGUGGUUAUUUAAUUUAACUGCACAUGGCUCGUGCAAAUCACGUGUAAAGCUCAUCUCAUCCCUGUCUCUGAUGAAGUCGUACAACUCUGAAACAAAACAAAGCAAAGCAUAAACCAUAAACUACACUCACUCACACCAUCGAAUUCAUCGUAUUAUAUUAUAUACUCCAUCCAUUUGAUCAUGUAUUCGUUGACAGCGAAACCCUCAUUUACACCACAAUUCAUAAUAUUAUCUUCUUCUUCAACUUCUUCUUCUACUUCUUCAAUUUCUCGAGUUUGUUUCCGAACUCGUUCACCUUCAUCAAUUACCUUUCCCACUAAUUCAGACCAUAAAGGAAGACUUCAUUUCAGAGUUCAAUCAUCCCAAAAUGAUACUCCCAACUCUCCUGCCGACUCCAAAUCCCCUAACGGCACUCUGUCAAAGAGCAGGAGAGAAAUCUUAUUGGAAUAUGUCAAGACCGUGCAGCCGGAAUUUAUGGAAUUGUUUGUGAAAAGAGCACCUCAACCGGUUGUGGAUGCAAUGCGACAAACGGUGACAAAUAUGAUUGGAACACUGCCACCUCAAUUUUUUUCUAUAACAAUUAACACCGUAGCUGAGAACCUUGCACAGCUUAUGUACAGUGUCAUGAUGACUGGCUACAUGUUUAGAAAUGCACAAUACCGUUUGGAACUGCAAGAAAGUUUGGAACAAGUUGCCCUUCCCGAUGUUCAAGAUAAAAAGGAUAUUCCAGACUAUGCAUCUGGGACACAAAAGAAUGUUUCAGGUGAAGUCAUUCGGUGGAACAACAUUUCUGGGCCCGAGAGAAUGGAUGCUAAAAAGUACAUUGAAAUACUUGAAGCGGAGAUUGAGGAGCUGAAUCGUCAAGUUGGAAGACAGUCCAGCAAUGCACAAAAUGAACUGUUGGAAUACCUAAAAUCUCUCGAGCCUCGGAAUUUGAAGGAUUUGACUAGUAGUGCUGGGGAGGACGUUGUGUUUGCAAUGAAUACAUUCAUCAAGCGACUACUGGCUGUUGCAGAUCCUAGUCAAAUGAAGACUAGCGUGACUGAAACAAGUGCAUCUGAACUUGCCAAACUGCUUUAUUGGUUGAUGGUGGUUGGGUACAGCAUUCGCAACAUUGAAGUUCGUUAUGACAUGGAAAGAGUACUCGGAACUUCUCCAAAGCUGGCUGAAUUGCCGCCGGGUGAAAAUGUUUAAGCAGCCUUGAUAAAGUUCAUUGUCGAAAUACUGUCCCCAAAUUGAAGCCAAGUGCCCUAUUAGAUUUUGCACUUUUUAAUUGAUUGGCUGAACGCUUAGUCAUGACAUAAAGGAGAAGGCUGCAGUUUUAGAGUUCCCGAACUAUUGUUCUCCUAGUAGUUAAUAUGACGGAUCAUUUUUCUUCCCUCCGGGUAGAAUGGAACUUUUUUCUAAGUUAUACCGACAAGAUAUCGAAGUUUAUUCCUAAAGAUGAAAUCCUUUGAUUUAUAUGUAACUUCUUUGACAACCUGAAACUAUGGUGAAUUAUUUAAAUACAGAAGAUUGUUGGUUUGUUUAAUAAUAGCUUUGUUACAUCAA